UUUCUUCUAAGGAUGAUGGAGGCGGCGGCGGCGGCGCUCGCGGGCAGCUUGCUAUGCCCCAGAGCUUUCUGGCAACGCGUCUCCGGCCCGCAGGAGGAGCGGCUGCUGAAGCAGAUGAGCUACGGGCUGGUGGUCUUCAUAAGUUUGGCGGUGGUGUUCGUCCUCCACCGGGCCGGAGCACCGUAUGGCCGCUACUAUUCAGCCUCCUAUGGCCGGUCUGUUCCUGCCACGCUGGCCUGGAUGGUGCAAGAAAUGCCUGCCUUCCUUUUCCCUUUGCAGCUCGUGCUGGGCAGCGACGGCGACCGCCUCCGUUUCUGGCCCAACCGGAUUCUGCUGGGGCUUUUCCUCGUUCACUACUUUUACAGAUCAUUCAUCUUUCCUUUCUUAAUUCGUGGAGGAAAGCCAACACCAUUUAUUACAUUUGUGUUAGCAUUUUCAUUCUGUUUGUAUAAUGGGUAUUUGCAAGGCCGGAGUUUAAGUAAUUAUGCAGAAUAUUCACCCAACAGGCUAACAGAACCAUAUUUCAUUCUUGGGAUUGCAGGCUGGCUAGGUGGUCUCCUGAUUAACAUGCACUCUGAUAAUAUUUUGAGAAACCUAAGAAAACCAGGGGAGACUGGGUAUAAAAUCCCAAGAGGAGGAAUGUUUGAAUACGUAAGUGGAGCUAACUACUUUGGGGAGAUUCUUGAGUGGUGUGGAUUUGCUCUUGCCUGCAACACACUAGAAAGUACAGCUUUUGCUGUCAGUACAUUAUUAGUAUUAGGAAGUCGAGCACAUAUGCAUCAUCAAUGGUAUCUCAACAAGUUUGAAGACUAUCCACGGUCCAGGAAAAUUGUAAUUCCAUUUGUGUUCUGAACUUUCCAUCAAACUCUGUGCUUUGAUUCUGAAUAAUGUACUACAAUUGGGGGGAAAAGGUUAGCUAAAAGGCUUUUUAUAGGUACUUCU